GUGGAGGCCAGUGGAGGGAUUGGCAGAGAGGGGUGGAGGACACUGAGUGGAGGCCAGUGGAGGGAUUGGCAGAGAGGGGUGGAGGACACUGAGUGGAGGCCAGUGAAGGGAUUGGCAGAGAGGGUGGACGACACUGAGUGGAGGCCAGUGGAGGGAUUGGCAGAGAGAGGUGGAGGACACUGAGUGGAGGCCAG